ACGGACGGACACAAUAAUCCCCUGUGGGCUGGUGGUGUAACCAGGAGGUUCCUACACAGUACUACUGCCUUGUGAGAGGCGUGGUCCACUCUGCUCUACGCACACGAGGCGUCGGGUCGCUUUGACUUCGCCGAGCAAAUGAGCGCGGUCCCUGGCGCCCGGAACCUCUUGCGCGCCCGGAACCUCUCGUGCGCCCGGAACCUCUAGUGCGUGCGUGCGCGCGCGAGAGGUUCAUCGCGAACCCCGCGCGACCUCUUGGACGUGAAGCGGACAGAGCCGAGAGGCUUUCUCUGCGCACCUCGCUCACGAUGGGCCGCGAGCGGACGAACCCCUUCCGGAACUUUUUCAUCUACAACCCGGCCAACGACACAUCGACGUGCACCAUCGGCAACUGCCAGCGCGUCAUGGCGGGCCAGCACGCCGCCAACCUCGAGCGCCACGUUCGUUACGUCCACCCCGAAGAGAUCGACCUUGCGACCCGGAGGGACGCGCAGGCUCGCAACGACGCCGGGCCCCCGCCCGGCUACGGUGAGCCGUCGGGCAAGAAGCCCCGCCUCGCCGCGGGAGGACGCCACGCGGCCGUCGACCCCGGCGCGGUCAAGAAGCCCAAGUGCAUCCCCGUGAAAAUAACCGCCGAGCAGAUCCGCGACGCCUGCACGGAGCUCGUGACCGCGAACGGUCGGCCCUUCUCGCUGAUGGACGACACCGGCUUCCGCAAGCUCGUCGACCCGCUGCUCGACGGCCUGAGGGGCUCGCUCGCCGUCGAUGCCGACAGCGUCCGGGAGAACGUGAGCGCCGCGGCGGCCGCGGCGCGCGACCUCGUCCGGGCGGAGCUGAGGGACGCGCUCGUCUGCCUGCGGCUGGAUGCUGCCUCGCGCUUCGGCCGCUCCGUCCUGGCGAUCGGCGUGCAGCUCGUGCGCGACGGCGCGCUCGCGCUGCGCACGCUCGCGGCCAGGGAGGUCGCGGGCGGGGAGGACCUCGCGGCCGUGGUCGUUGGUGUGCUCCACGACUACGCCGUGGACGUGGCGAACGUCUACUCGGUCACAACGGGCGGCGACGCCACGAAAACCCUCGUCGGGCGGCAGGGUUCGGCGGAGGGGCGGUACGACGACGGGGAACCGGCGGGGGACUCGGGCUCGGAGGCGGAGGACGCCGCCGCGGAGAGCCUCGAGCUGACGGAGCUGCGCCUCCAAGAGAUGUCGGGCGGCGCCCACUCGCUCAUGAGGGGCGUCCGCUGCGCGGCCCACGCGCUGCAGCUGGCCGUGGGCGACGCCCUCGACGACGCCCCCACCGCGCGCCUCGUGUCCGACGCCAGGCGAGUUUGCCGGCAGCUGGCAACGCAGCCGGUCGCGGCCUCUCUCCGCGAACGGAACCUGCGGGCGCCCGCCGUCGAUCGGCCCGCCCGGUGGCACUCCACGUACGGCAUGCUCGAAGGCCUCCUUGAUCUCGAGGGCUUCUGCGAGCGCGAGGCCGCGUCCGUCCCCGACCUGGUGCUCUCCCACGGCGCCUGGGAGCGCCUGCGGGAUCUGCUGGCGGCUCUGAAGCCCGCGAGGGCGGCGGCCGAGAGUUUCCGGUCGGGGCAGCUUACGAUCGGCGACUUUUACGGAGCGUGGCUCAAGUGCCACCUGGACACCGCCAGCGUCGGGUCGGAGUUCUCUCACCCCCUGGCGUGCGCAAUGAAGAGGCGCGAGAAGCAGCUGCUGGGCAACGACGCGGUCGUCGCCGCCGUCUACAUGGACCCGAGGUACGGCGUCCUGCUCACCGACGGUGAGUCGGAACGGGCCCAGCGGCACCUGCGUCGGGCGUGGGCGGCGAUGGGGCCGCGCGGCGGACGCGCCUCCUUCGACACGCCGGACGAGCGCUCGCCGGAAGACCCGGGGGCGGGGGCAGCGGGGACGUACGGCGAAUGCGACGAGCUCGAGAGGCUCCUGCAGGCGAAGGAGAGCGAUUCGCACCGCAAGCCGGGAGGGCGGCCGGGCGCGGACGACGGCGCGGACGACGUGGCAGCUGCGCUGCAGGCGCUCGACGGCGAGCCUCGCCUCAAGAAGGACGCCAAUGUCCUGGUGCACUGGGAAGGCUGGAGGUACUCCAAGCCGGAGCUCUUCCGGCUGUCCCAGGUGGCGCUGGCGGUGCCCGUGGCGCACGCCAGCGUUGAGAGGGCCGUCUCCGCCCUUGACUUUAUCCUGUCGCCCAACCGGUGCGACCUUGACAGCCAGACGCUGGACGACAUCCUGAUGGUGCGCCUCAACGAGGUCUUUGGCCGUUAGCUGAUUUGUGUCGUUUGCUAAUCGGCUAAGAAACUAAACAGCUUUUUAAUCUUACCAGGUAAAAACCCCACUUGAGCUGUUGGUUCUUUUUCAGAGGCGACCUGGCGACACGUGAUGAUAUCAUCAUCGCACAUAGGAAUUUACAAUAGCAGCCGAAUCCUCUCAACGCGUGUUUUUUCUAAAUGUUUAGUAGGGCAAAUCCGGAGGAAACCGAAAAAAAUCCACACGACCACCACGGGGAAAGAGAGAGAAUGCACGGACUUCAAAUAUACAACAGGCAUAGUCAGGGUCCGGGAUCGAACUACAAAUCUAGUUUACACAUCUCUCCAUGGUCUUGCCCCUACGUAUCUCGUUCUCCACUCCUUCUCGCCCUCUCCAUUCAAAAUCCCGGCUGUUGUUAUGUUCUGACCCGCCACGACUGGACGUUUGUGAAAAAGGGCGGGUCAGAAAGUGACAACUAACAGUACAACAAACACGAUUGGAGUGCAAAGGAUAGCAAUAGAUAAGCAAAUCACUAAAAAUACGUAUAAAUGUACGUUUAUUUUACCAGGUAAAGCCCACUGAGCUUUGAGUUUCCUUGUCAGGAGCAACCUGGCCAGAAAUAAUAGCUCAACGAAGGUGGCUUAUCACGUGGACAUUUGCAUCAGUCAGGCUAGUCUGUUCCCGCACCUCUGAUUAGCACAGUUGGCGAUGUACGAUGCGAAAGAAGUUCAACAUACAUCUCGUGUCCCCGUGUCCCAUGUCUCAAUGUGCAUUCCAUGUCCAAGUUAAUCCUCUGUCCUUGUGUCCCACGUCUUGUGAGCACCCACCGCUGGCGAACGAUCAGAAUUUUACGGGCAAGGGCCCCCCCCCCACCCCCUCUGUUUUAAGAUACGGGUCCCUCAGCUUUAUGAAGAUCGGCCGAUUAGCGGAUUAAGUGUUUUUCCUUUUUUAGGUCAUCGACCGUGACGAGAGGAGACGAAAACGCAGGUUGAUUUUAUAUAUUUAAAAAAAAAUUGGAUUCAAAGUAUAUUCGGUGCGCUUCACCCUUUCCCCUUCCAAGAUGUCUGCAAGUUGCAGGGCGUGGUGUGUCCCGCUCACCGCUGAAUCUCGGAACACGCGAGCGGCUCGGCGUUAAUUUUAUCUAGAGGCGUAGUAGCGCCGUUGCUUUUAAAGAUAUCGAACCGCAGAGACACGACCGCGCUCCGUGAUGGCUGGCACCAAACUGAGCCGCGCGCCCUCCCGCGUGGCCCUGGUGGGAGCCUCGGUACCGAUAAAGUUUUUUUUCUGGUACGUGUACGUCAUCGGAAUGGGAAAGCGUUCAUAAUGUGGUAGUAACGGGCCAUGUAGGGGAAAGGUCGCUGGGGGUGGUCGGAUAUUUCCACAGUCUGACGAUAUAUGAAAACUCGUGGGUUUAAACUUUCAAUCGUCGCGGGCAAUGUAUGUUGUUCAUUUCCUAUUCACAUUAUGUAGGACUGGUUGAUGUCCGUGUUCAAUAAAUGUUUAAAAGCAGA